UCAGACCCAUACUCCAUUUCAGAAGGUGGCGGUAAUGCACCAAACGUUGUUUGCCAACCGCCAUAAAACUAGAAGAAGAAUCUUGCUGCCUGUGCAGUUAUGGGAGGUAGCAGCAACAUUUUCACCGACGGAGGGAAUUUUCAGUCUUUGAGCUGUCUGCUACAAAUAUCUGAACACUGUAAACUGUAGUUUUGCAAACAGUUCCCUUUAAUUUGUGGCCUUGAGGUCCUCCAUCAUGGGUGCUGAACAAAGUGGUGAUUCAGAGCAUAAGCACUCCGACUGUGGUACGUCAGUGGUGGCCUCUCCUGCAAAACAAAGAGCCAAAAUGGAUGACAUUGUAGUAGUUGCCCAAGGAACACAAACAUUACGCAAUAUUCACAAUGAUCCGGAUGUUAUCAAGCUCCAAGAAAUCCCAACUUUCCAGCCACUUCUGAAAGCUCUAUUUUCAGGUGUUUUGAGUGGCCAAACCUCUCCCAGUAGUGUCUGUUUAGAGAAACUGGACACUGUAAAUGUGCUGCAGCUUUGUCUUCGCUACCAGGACCACCUCCAUCAGUGUGCUGAAGCUGUGGCAUUUGACCAGAAUGCCCUUGUUAAAAGAAUCAAAGAGAUGGAUCUCUCUGUAGAGGCCUUAUUUAGCAUCAUGCAGGACCGGCAGAAGCGCUAUGCGAAGUACGCAGAACAAAUCCAGAAGGUAAAUGAAAUGUCCAUGAUUCUCCGGCGCAUCCAGAUGGGCAUUGAUCAGACUGUACCUUUGAUGGAGCGUCUCAACAAUUUACUCCCUGAGAGUGAACAACUUGAGCCUUUCAGCAUGAAGCAAGACAGUGGGACCAAAUAGCAACACUCCUGAUGUUGUGAUGCCUCGACCUUGGAUGGAGCAAAUUUAAAGUCCCUUGCUCAUUGACACGCUUCAGACAAAUCUUGGAAGCAAACAGAAUUACACCACUGAACUGGUGAAAUGUAGUUUUUUUUUUUUUUUUUUUUUUUUUUAAGUAUAUUUUUUUGGCCUUUUAUGCCUUCGAUUUACAGGACAGUAGAGAAUGGCAAUCGAACCCAGGUCGCCGGCGUAUGGUGCAGGUGCCCCAGCCAGCCGCGCCACGGCUGGGGCCAAUGAAAUGUAGUUUUAAAAGGCCUAAAAGCUUUACAGCUAUUUCCUGUGAAGAGGUUGACUGAGGAGAAUGCCUAAUGUUGUUAAUAGAAUAAUAAGAUUUGUAUAUUUGUUUUGAUCUAAUAUCAAUACUGUGCUAUAAAGUUAUCACUCAGUAAUGUC